GUAUCUGUAGUUUAUUCUUAAACCCAUAGUUGAAAUGCAAAAGGGACCCAUGGAAGGUAGACAUAAGGAUUUUAAAGCAGGAGGCACAGCAAACCUUCAAACAGAGAACUAAGGACAGCAAACCACCCUACAGGCUUUGAUUUCUAAAAGCCUAAAGGCUCCCCAUAGCCAACCUAAGCCAGAGCCUUGGAGUCCUUCCCAACCAUGCAAGGACAGGUCCUAUUGUGACCUCAUGAGGAGCGACUGUGAGGCGGUCCAGCCAACAGAUGUUAAGCUGUAGCCAGGCCUGGAUUUCCUUGAGUGCGUUUAGAGGAGUGGUGGAGUGGAGACUUUGGUGAUUUUGGUGGAUCUAGUGAGCAGUGUGUGGAUUUUGCAUUUGAUUGAUUUGUGUGUAGCUUGUGUAUGUGUGUCUAGGUCAGUGUUUGUGUGGACAGUUGCUUUUGUGUGUGUGUGUGUGUGUGUGUGUGUGUGUGUGUGUGUGUGUGUGUGUUGGUAUACUUGGUGGUGACUGUGAGUGCAUCUGUGAGUGUGGGUGUGUGUGUGUGCCCAACUGUGUGUGAGUGUCUGUUGUGCCCUCUUGGUGCACUAGUUGUAGGUGUGAGAACACCUGUGUGAGGAAAAGUUUUGAGGCCGGCAGUCAGCUUGGCCAUUGUUUCUAAGGUAGCAUUUAUACUCUGUUACCUCCAAUGAGCUUCCGGAGCAAACGGGAGUCAGAAAGGCUCCGAUCUCAGGGCAGCUCUUGCACAGAGAGUUUCUGCUCUCAAUAUUUGGUUUUGAAUACCAUCGGCCAUGGUUUCCACGCGGCCGUGAAGUUGGCCGUGCACCGCCUCACAGGUACCCCCGUGGCUGUCAAAAUGCUCCUCAAGAGACAACAGUGGUGCCAGCAGGUCACAUCUGAGGUAGAAAUCAUGAUGAGGAUCAACCACCCAAAUAUUGUAUCUCUCAUACAAGUCAUUGACACUGAAAAGAUAACAUACCUCAUCAUGGAGUUGGCCAAGGGGAACCAGCUUUAUUCUCGCAUCAAAGAGGCUGGCCAUCUGCAGGAGGAUGAAGCACGGGGCAUAUUCAGACAAUUAUUAAGUGCUGUGGGAUACUGCCAUGAAGAAGGCAUUAUACACCGGGACCUUAAACCCGAUAAUAUACUAGUCGAUACCAAGGGAAGAAUUAAAAUCGUUGAUUUUGGCUCUGCCACUCAAGUGCGGCCUGGGCAAAAGUUGAGAACGCACUAUGGGACUUAUGCAUUUUCUGCUCCUGAGCUGUUCCUCGGGAAAUUUUAUGAGGGCCCCAAGGUCGACGUGUGGGCCCUAGGAGUAAUUCUUUAUUAUAUGACAGUUGGAAAACUCCCAUUUGAGUCUGUCAGGCUACCACUACUCCGAAGGCAGGUUGUGUUAGGGACUUAUGCUGAACCACUUGGCCUGUCAGAAGAGCUACAAGACCUGCUGAGUCUUUUAAUGAAAGUGAAUUCCCAGCAGAGGCCCACAAUUCCUGACCUUUUGACUCAUCCCUGGCUUAAGAUAGACUCAGAGGGGUUCCCACAACCUUGUAAGGAACUCAUCCCCCUCAGGCCAGACCCAGCCAUUCUUAGAGCAAUGCAGGACAUUGGAUUUGAAGCCCAAGGGGUUAAAGACUCCCUCGAUCAGAAGAAAUUCAACCAAAGUAUGGCUUGUUACUACUUUUUGGAAAAGCAGGCUCUUCAAGAGUGUGACAUCCCAACCCGGCCUCAUCCAUGCAUGACCCCAUUCCCGACCCUUGAUUACCCUGCUACUUCAGUGCGAGGGCUCAGAAGGCGAGGAAGCGAGCCCAGAUGGCUCGGGUCAUCCUCUGAUAGUCAAGGUUCUGACCUCGGCCAGACUCCUAGUCAUCGAUUAGUCAAGAGGGCCAGUUGGCCUGGCGGUCUUCUCUGCAGGCCACGUCAGAUAACACCCACAGUGGAGCUAACCCACAGAAUUUCUAUUAGUGACCCCUGCUUUUAUUCAGUGCACAGCAAAGGCAAGAAGACCAUCAACACUAAAAGCACAGAAGACAAAUCCAGUGCCUCAGCAGAGGUUAAGCCUGUCGCAAGCAGGCCCUGGCCCAAAAGAUUUAGGGGGUGGGUCAAGAACAUCCGAAAUGGCCUGAUGAACCUGUGUUGCUGCAUUCCGUCCAGAAAAAAACCUCCCCUGGGGCACAACAGAGUUGUUCCCCAGAAAUGAAGAACAUAGAAGGAAUCCAGAGAGCAAGCAUCCAACACUGCCCAGAAGAUCACUAGAGGAUGCCGGAUGCUGCAUCUCUGCAGUCCCAGUGUUGAAGAGGACCCACGUGUGGACACGGACCUGCAGAAGGGAGCGCUGUGAGAGCUGUCACGUUCCAGGUCAGCUGUCGAAGGAUGAAAGCAAAUGAAGAGAUGCCAGGUGGCAAGAGAGCACCUCAAAGGCAUCACUCUUCCUGGUGGAGGUUGAAAACCAGUCCAAAGCUGGUAAAGACCAGAGCCCUUUUGCUGACCAGGGUCACAUCACACACCUCCUCUUGGCACAAGUUCUCGCCUCACUCUUAGUGGAGGAUAUACGGCUUCUUGAUGUGUUUAUCCGACUCUGAGAAUAAAAUAGCUGUUUGUGAAAGAUGACCUCGUAGAUUUUUCUGCAUCUUCUUCACAUAGGAAAAUUGGCCCUGUGGCAUUCCAAGGCCCCAGGAAGAAUAACUUCGUGCCUCAAACCAUCAAAUUAAAAGUGCCUUGGAAGGGACCAAGCUCUAAUGUACCUGAAUGGGGAAAGUGUAGGAAGUGUAGAAGCUCAAAUCUAAGGACAGCAUCAUAUUCUACAUGCUUUGAUUUCUAAAAGCCUAAUGGCAGUCUUUAUAGCCCACCUGAGCUGGGUCAGGAUAGGUCCUGCUAUUAACUCAUGAGGAGUGACUGUGAGGCAGUCCAGUCAACAGAUGUAAACUGCGGCUAGGCCUGGAUCUUUGAAUGAGUUGAGAAGAGUCGUAGAGUGGAGACCUCGGUGAUUUUGUUGUAUCUAGCGAGCAGUGUAUGGAUUUUGCUUUUGAUUGGUUUGUGUGUGAGCUUCUGUAUGUGUGUUUAGAUCAGUGUGUGUUUGGGAG